ACCCAAAUCUUUCCCUUCAUGCAGCCUUUUGCCGUACACUGCGUACGGGAUUUUACUCGAAUCUUCUUAUCUUCAAGCAAAUCUGUUCCUUCUUGUUAUUUUCUCUCUUACCUUUCUCUCCUUCAUCUAGAUAACGCUAGAUCUAUCAUCUAGCUGCUCAUUUUACACACACAGUUGUGGAUCGAUCAUAUAUCUUUUCACUGAUCCUUAUGUUCAAAGGAUUGUAUCUCCACUGAUUCACAUAAAGCCAAACUAGUCUCACUUUUUCUUGAAUCCAGACCCCGCGCGUCUAAUCGUCUCUAGGGGGUUCGAAGAUCAAACGGCGGAAUAAGGACCCUGAUUCUAUCAACCAAAAACGAAAAACCACUGCCGGCUUCCGAACAACAUUAGAGGCUGGUGUCUCAAAAUCCGCUUGGACGUAAGAUUUGACCUUGAUAUAGCGGCAAUCAAACACUCCAUUGGAAGAAGGGAUUCUUGUCCCAGCCGGGAAAAGACGACACUAUCUCUAAUCUUCAACGCUCUCAACGACCGACUCUUUCUCUUACAACACACCAUCUCGCAUCAUCUUACGUUACUUUCGUUAUCAACCUACGAGUGCUUCCGUGUCAAAUUCCGACAGUCGGUCCGUACGGCUUCCUUUCGGGAAAGGCUAUAGUCGGUCGGAACACUGAAAAAAAUAAAUCACUCCUGGUCUCAUGCUUGGAUGUUUGACGCCUCAAUCGAUAAUCUACGACGAUAAACCUCAGCUUCCCCACCUCUCUGGCUUGAAUCUGGGUUUGGUUUGUGCUACCUUACCACAUUCAAGCCAGGCAUAGCGCCACCUCUUCUCCCCUCCUGUGAAUUCCUUCUGUUACGAUGAGUUUAUGAUAAUAAUACGAAAAUAAACCUUGUAAGCUGCAUCAAUUUCCUUCUUCUCCCUCCAUGUCUUGAAAAUCCCUUACAGACUCGGAUUCCAUCAUGCACAUGCGUAAAUUAAUCCACUCAUACUGACCUUAGUAAACAGUAGAUCAUCGAGCAGUCCCUGAUACAUCUUAUACCUGAUCUCCCUGCUCACGGACCUGAAGGUUGUCAAGUAUAUCAUCAAUACGAUAGCUCGACUUGUAACCUCACCGCCCCGAGUCAGAGCCCUUACUUACUCUACCUAUCAUUUCACAUCAUCUUCAAUAUGGUUCAGCACGAGAAUACCAUGCAGUCAAGAGAUUGCUAUGGUCGUGAACCAUGGCCUAGUAGUGGAGAAAGGUCAUUUGAUUGCAGCCAACCGUCGAUGAAUGAAGCUCGACUUACACCCAUCACACCGCACCGCCCACACCCACACGAAUUACCUCUUGUACGUUGACUGAUCAUCCAUUCUUCUGUGAUGGAUAAACACAACUAAUAUCUCUCUAGAGUGUUGAGGAAUGCUUGAGAUCUUGUGCCCGUAUUCCAGUGAAAGAGUUUGCUGUCAUUGCUAUUCUUGAUGACGGAAGAGAAGUGAAUUAUACUUCCCAGACUCUGACGAACUUUCAGCCGAAAAUUUUCUCGUCACACUUGAAGAAUGAUUUUCAUAAAUCCAUACAGAGAGCUAGUCUGGAUGCUUCGUUUUCAAAUUUAACUUGUCAGUUAUCCUUGGAGUGAUCAUAUGGUCUUCGUUACUGACCCUCAUAUCUGCAGCUUACAAUCAAGAAAAUGGAUACAGUGACUUCGGCAUAGAUAGCGGACCGGGUAUGAGGAGAUUUUCUGGCAACGAUGCAAAUUCUGGAAAGAGGCGCCGAAAUCGUCAACUUCGACAAAGUUCGGACGAUUCUGAUGAUGAUUCGACAGGAUCGAAAAAGACGAAAAGAUACCAUCAUCAAUACUAUGACUCCAGUGAAGACACACCGAGCCCAAUCUUGGAGAGAAAGACCAUGCAGCUGAGGAUAGGUGACGAGGAAGAAGUUAGCAAGUUCUACAGUUGUCGAUUCAAGGAUAUGCAGCAAGCUUCUUGCAAACUCAUGGGGAAAGCUUUUGUAAAGCUUGUCGAGCCUAGAAAGCAGACUCAUUACCCAUACACCAGGGGAGCUGAAAAAGCUCCACCGUGGUGGCCACUCACAAGUGGAGAGCUUCUUGUUCGUCACAAAGAACCUGAUCACCUUUUGAAGCAUGGUAAGUUCAAAUUAUUUUGUAAGAGGGAGGUACUGUGAUUAACAUCUUUAAUAGAGAGGAUCCGCCUUUUAGUACAUAUUCUAAAAAUGAUUGUGGAGCCAUAUCAAAAGCAAUGUCCUGCCGUUCAGAAGUUAAACCUCAACAUCAAGAAACUUGAAGAAGUUACAAUGGAAGGGAUGUCAAACUGGUUUAAUGAUAAGGAUCAUCCCGAGAAUGCUGCCAAAAAACCAUUCUUGAAGGAAAUAUUCAAGGUUGCGCGAAGGGAAGAACAAUACAAAAAUGGCGAGAUCAGUCAGUAUUUUAAUUCCUAUGCACAUGGAAUACAAGGUAGCUGACAUUUCACUAGCUGGUGAUACAUACAUUCAGGUAAUGUAUGGUGAUAGAAACGGCGCAGAGAUUCCGGACGAUGAACCAGAUGAGGGAAUGAAACUUGAAGAUGAUGAUCUACAACCUCAAGAUAUCGAGACAUCACCAUUAAUUUUAACUCCACAUAGCUCAGUAUCGCCGUCAAUCAUGCAAGUUCAGCAAACACAACAUGGCUCAUCACAUUCAAGCCAGCAGAGAGAUCACGAUAACGCUUAUGGACCCUCUCGACACGUCCGGUACAAUCCGCAACAGGAUAAUCAUAUGCAUAGUACUUCUUACAUCAAUACCACUGCUGGAUACGUACCACGAGUGAGCUUCAAUGAUCAAAAUGGCUCAAGCUUACAGGAUCAACCUCAACGUUCUUUAUCGAUGUCUAUGCCAGCUCAAUACCAAAGCUCGCAACAGGCAAAUGUCAAUUGGACACCAUCAUUCUUCAACAAUCCUUCUCCAGCUUCAAGCUUUUAUACAACAUCACCACAAUCACAAUCAUUCUCUUCGAAUCCUUAUCAACUUCCUCCACCCAAUUCUCAAGCCAUGUUACCUUCUCAUCCCAUUUCUCAUACUUUGCACAAUAGCUUCGACGGACUUCCUCAUCGACAUCAAUAUGACACAACUCCACAAAUAGGAAGUCAACUCCGAACAGGAAGUCUAGGUCAUCCUCAUCAACAUCAGGCAACAUUCGAUUUCCUCGAUAGUAAUAAUUACGGAAAUCACGAUGCAGAGCUUAAACAAGAUCCGAGUAUGCAUCAGGACUAAGGGAUGGUCUCUCUUUAUGUUAAUGAAAGAGAGUUGAAGGAGGGACGAAAUAGUGAUUCUCGUGCUUUGAUUUAUUUAUUUAUUAUCUUGGGUUCAGGAUAGGAACAUGAGAUUGGGAUUCUAUUCUUAUUUCUUCCUUACUUAUCUUUUGUUUUUAUUACUCUUCGUGCAUGUGCGCGCGCGGUGGCAUCUAUUUAUUUGCAUGAGUAUACGAGAGGUUAUAUUAUCAUUGCUUGCAUGCGUGCAUGUAUGUAUGACUGAUUGGCUUAUCUUAUGAUUGUUUAUAUUCAUAAAAGCUAUGGGGGGCUGGUUAAGCUGUUGGGUGGAUGAGUGUGCGGUGGUGCAAGCGUUCAACUGGAGCUUUUUUUCUUUCGCGCUCUUUUUCCUUUGGAAUAAGUUUUUAUUUUUAAUUUUUUUCUCGCAAUAUUUUUUAUGCUCAUGCAGAGUUUAUUCCCAACUCCUUUCCCCUUUAUCUUUUUCUUAUCUUCUUAUCUAAGAUCAAGUU